AUGUCUGAGGUUAUCCAGGCAGUCUUCUUCGGAAUCUGCGUCUUGACUGACCUGUCCAGUCUUCUCACUAAAGGAAAUGACAGUCAAGAGCAAGAGAGGCAGCUGAAAAAACUCAUUUCCCUCCGUGACUGGAUGAUGGCUGUUCUAGCUUUCCCUGUUGGAGUGUUUGUUGUGACGAUGUUUUGGAGCAUCUAUAUCUAUGACAGGGAACUGAUUUACCCAAAGCUGCUUGAUAAUUUUAUACCAGCGUGGCUAAAUCAUGGAAUGCAUACAACAGUUUUGCCCUUUGUAUUAAUCGAGAUGAGAACAACACAUCAUCAAUAUCCCAGCAGGAGCUGUGGGCUGGCUGCAGUGUGCACCUUCGCUGUGGGCUAUAUUUUAUGGGUGUGCUGGAUUCACCAUGUUACAGGGGUAUGGGUGUACCCACUUCUUGAGCGCCUCAGCCCAGGUGUCAAAAUAAUCUUUUUUGCAGCUGUCACCGUAAUAAUAAACAUAUUCUACUUGGUGGGAGAGGUCCUGAACAACUACAUCUGGGAUACUCAAAAAUGUAUUGAAGAAGGAAAAGAAAAGCCGAAAUUGGACUGAACAGUAGAGGCAACAUGGAGGAUUGUUUAUGGCUCCAUGGAAGUUUCUCAUCCCCAACAGAGGUUGGCAUGGGAGGAAUCUUGUGGAAAAGAGGAAGUUUAAUAGGCCCUCUGCUCAGAGCAACGAUAUUUUGGGGUUUUGUAUGGAGGGGAAAUGAUUUUAGCUAAGAAUAAUAAUAACAUUUGAACCUCCGUUCCUGUUUCUCCAUGCUUGCAUGUGACAUACACAUAUAAAAUGUAUAUUUAUCUCCACAUCAUUCUCAGUGUUAAUUUCUCACAUCAAAUAAGUUGUUACAUCGUUACAUCGUUACAUCUUUUCACUUUGACCAAGAAGAACAAUGAGUCCAUUCUCUGUAUUGUUUGGGAAAAGCUUAACCAGAUAGGUCUAGUAUGGGGAAACGUAACAGUCCUAUAUAUUUCAAAGUACAGUGUAAAAAUACAGUAGAAGUUAACUGCAUGAAUGUAUCUGAAGAAGAAUUCAAUCUGACUGAAAUAUUAAUGUAAUACUAUGUAACAGCUGCCUUAAAUCGGUGAUGUUAAUUUU